GCCGCCGCUUCGCGUCGCGAGCGGAUCAUCUGGGGGAAGAAGAUUACGGAGGAACAUAUAGCGGCUUUCUAAAACUUCCGUAAAAAAUCGUGAUACUGAUUGUCGCGACGGUGACGGAAUGCCGGUGUGAUUAUUGUCCAUACAGACUCGUCCUUUAGUGUUCUUCGUCACAAUACUGGCCGAAACAUAACAGAGAUGACAACAAUGACAGAAUUCGAGGAAAAUGUAUCUUUCGACGCGGAUGAUCCAGACUUUGCGCCUUCGCCUCCCGUAAUACGAAACGUUCUUCGUGAUGCGCGUCGUUUCGCGGAAAAAUUCGACAUUAAAGUACCCAUUUAUCAGUGCAACAUGUCGGUCACUUCCGUGCAGCCAGCCACAACCGAGAGCCUCUCCCGCCACGGGAGCAACAUCUCGUUAUCCUGCCAUAGCUUGUGCGGCAGCUUGGACGACUGCCUGUUGCAGGAAUCGCAUCAGUACCACGACAAGAUCCUCACGAUCGAGGAACUGCGCGCCCAGCUGAACUCCUGCUUUACAUGUGGUGUGUCGUGGAGCGAGGACCACGUCUCCCUAGACUGCAGCGAAUGCGGCGGUUAUUCCUUACAACGGCCGUGUCCGCUUUGCGACGGACGUUGUCGUACCGCGUGGAAGCGCGACCUCACCAUGUCCCAUGCGAGUGGCAAGGCGAGAUGGAUCGGUGAAUGCGGAUUGAGCUGUGGACCUUCCAUGGAGGAGUCGUUGGUGCCCGCAUUUGAGAAACUACGGGCCACCUCGUGAACGGCGCUGGCCCAAGCACCGCCAACCAUGCACAAGACUUAAUCCAUCACCAUCCAUCUAGCAUCACCCAUCACCAUUGUGUGCAAGAUUCAA